UAGAAGGUGAAACGUCAUUGUAAAAUCUACUUCCCAUUCAACACAAUAUCUCAUUAAUCCCCACUUGUGAAUGACAUUUUAUUGGCGCAGAUGUCUGUAUUUAUUUUCUAAGCAUAUUUUCAUCGCAGUUCAGACGUUAAAAAUCGUGUAAAUUUACGUGUAAGAUUCAUUUCUAAAAGAUGACCACAACAAGAAGUACAGGAACAGUUGUUGAAGGAGUGGACAAUGAUGUCCUAUUGGCGUUUAUAGCUCUCAUGGUAAUUACACUUUCAACGAUUAUUUAUUUUCUUAAUCUAAACGGCAGUUUAACAUCAACAUUGGGUGAUAGCUGGCUAAAUUUAAGGAAUAGAAUAACAUCUAUAAAUCAAGGUGUUCCUAAUGUUCAAUCUUCAAGUGGGAUUGUCCAAGAAAAUGUGGGUAGUGAGCAAGACGACUUCAUAUCAGGAGAUUCACACCAAAAUGAACAAACUGCACCUGUUACUGAAGAAGAAAGUGGCAUUUCAAAUGGAGCAGACAUUGAAAAUAAUGAAAGUCGUGGGGCAGAAGAAGUCCAAGAAAAGACGCAKGGUGAUUUACCAGGAAGGAGCCAGGUAGAUAAUGGGAAUGGUAUUCGAAAUAGAACAGAAUUUAGAACAGCUGCUCCACAGGCUGGAAACAAUGGCAAUUCAGGUUCUCAGUUUUCAAUCAGAGUAAAACACCAUGAAAUAGAAAGGAGUUUCRCUGUUGAACCAAGUAUGACUGUUGGUGAGCUAAAGAGACUUGCUUUUCCUGAAGAAGUUGCACAAGGUAGAAGRGUACGUUUUAUAUACAGUGGACGCCUUCUAAAUGAUGACAGUGCUCAUAUAUCCUUUUAUGGCAUUUCAAAUUACUCAGUGGUUCAUGCACAAAUAUCAGAUGUACAACAACCUAGCUCUGCUUUAGGACAGGAAGAUGAAGACAUUGAAAUAGACAUGAGCAGGUUGUUUAUUCCUGUACUUACACUUGUCCUAUGUGGUUGUUGGUAUGGUCUAAUGACAUAUAGACAGCUUUUUGAUACUACCUCCACUGCUAUUUUAGUGAUUAUUACUGGAGCUUAUGCCUUUAUGAUUUUUGUCAUGUUUUAUUAACCAAUAGACCAUUUUCUGAAAUCCAAAAUCAUGCUGCAUUGUGGUCUAGCUUCUGUACAAACUGUGCUAGAUUUUUGUACUGAAUCUAGACCACAAUUCAAUGCAAAUUGCUAUCUCAGAAAAGGUCUAUAAUUAUAACAUCAUUCAUAUCCUGUAGUUAUAGCUUAAUCUGCAGGCAGCACUUCUUUUUGCCCUUUUGGGAUCCCUCUGGUAUCCUCUUAUUGAGGAAAACAGGAAGCCCCAAAAAUAGAAAGAAGAGUAGAAAGGAAUAGAUACACUUGCAAUUUUUGUUGGGGUCCCUGUUUACCCCACAGGGAUCCCAAUAGUAAUAUCUGACAGAGAAUCUGUAGUGCAUUAGAAUCAUUGUAUAACACAAACUGACCUUGAGAGUGUUUACACAAACUGACCUUGAGAGAGUGUUUAAUUAUUUAAUUACAGGAGGACAAUAGUUUGGACAUGAAAAUACACAAUAUAGAUAUUGUGGUACAUAAUUUAUAUAGAGGACACAUUUGGGGCUGUCAUUAUAGUUAAGGUGCAACAUUUAAAAAUAUAUACAUUGGAUUAAAAUUUAGAUUUAUU